AUGAAAAAAGCCUCCACCCCCCAACACCGCUCACGUCACCAAAAAGAAAAAAAAAGCUCACAAAAGUUCGUUAAACUCCUGAUCGGAUCAAUCUACAUCAACAGAGCUUGUUACACGGAUGAAACUUUACCCCCUCCUAUUCUCAUGACGAUUGCUGAAGAAUUACAUGUUUUUCUUCUCACAGAUUUUUUCAGUCGUUAUUUCUUUCUUUCUUAUCGCCUUUUCUUCUCACAGAAUUCUUUCUUUCUUUCCUUCUUUCUUUUUUCUUUCUUUCUUUCUUUUCGCCUUAUCUUCUCACAGAUUUUUUCCUCCUUUCUUUUUGUCGUCUUUUCUUCCCACAUAAUUCUUUUUUCUUUCUUAUCACAGAAUUCUUUCUUUCCUUCUUUCUUUUUUCCUUCUUUCUUUCUUUUUUCUUUCUUUCUUUCUUUUCGCCUUAUCUCCUCACAGAUUUUUCCCUCCUUUCUUUAUUGUCGCCUUUUCUUCCCACAUAAUUCUUCUUUCUUUCUUUCCUUUUCUUUCUUUCUUGUCGCCUUAUCUUCUCACAGACUUUUCUCUCCUUUCUUUCCUGUCGUCUUUUCUUCUCACAGAAUUCUUUCUUUCUUUCUUUCUUUCUUUCUUUCUUUCUAUUUCAUUGUUCCUCCCUUUCUCCUGCUUUGUUUUUACUUUUCUUUCUUCCUCUUCCCCUUUCUUUCUUUCUUUCUUUCUUUCUUUCUUUCUUUCUUUCUUAUCACAGAAUUCUUUCUUUCUUUUCGUUUUUUCUCCUCACAGAAGUUUUCCUUUCUUUUUUCUCACCUUUUCUUCUUACAGAUUUUUCUUUCUUUUUGCUGUUUGUUCUUUUCUUUUUGCGUUUUCUGUCAGACUUUUUAA